CACAGAGCGGGACGCCUCUCCGUCAGAUCACAGCUGCUUCACUCGGUACAGUGGACCGGUUUUCACCUGGAGGGUUGAUGCCAGACAUGAGGUGUCUCCUGCCUGUCCUGGUCCUUCUGACUGUCCUUCAUGUCAAAGCGGACCAGCAGCGGCAGAACAAGGAGAGACACUAUUACGUCGCCGCUGUGGAGAUAGACUGGGACUACUCUGGAAAUGAGACAAACAGGUUUGGUCCCACCUAUAAGAAAGUGGUCUUUCGGGAGUACGACAGAGACUUCAGACAGGCCAAGACUCAUCCAUCCUGGUUAGGUCUGCUCGGACCCACUCUGAGGGCCGAGGAGGGCGAGACCAUCGUGGUCACUUUCAGAAACAUGGCCUCUGGACCGCACAGCAUCCACCCCCACGGGAUCGCCUACGGGAAACAGUCGGAGGGGGCCAACUACUUCGACAACACGUCGCAGAAGGAGAAAGAGGAUGACGUGGUGCAGCCCAACGGCCAGCACGUUUACUACUGGGAGGUGACGCCGGAGGUUUCUCCACAGGAGCAUGACCCCACUUGCCUCACCUACACCUACGUCUCCCACAUAGACGUCGUGGAGGACUACAACUCGGGGCUCAUUGGCACUUUGCUCGUCUGCAAGUCUGGCAGCCUGGAUGCUUCCGGGCAGCAGGUGGACGUCCACCAGGAGUACGUGUUCCUCUUUGGGGUUUUUGACGAGAGCCAGAGCAAGUACGAGCCAAACAGCCAUGGCAACCAUGUGAAGUACACCGUCAACGGAUACGUGAUGGGGUCGCUGCCCGACGUCAGUGUGUGCGCCUUCGCCUCUGUGAGCCUGCAUCUGGUCGGUAUGAGCUCGGAGCCUGAGGUGUUCUCGGUGCACAUGAACGGCCAGGUGCUGCGGCAGACCGGGCACAAAGUGUCCUCGGUGGGCCUCAUCAGCGGCUCCACCGCCACCGCCGGCAUGGUGGCCCUCCACGCGGGCCGCUGGCUGCUCUCCUCGCACACCGUCAAGCACAUGGAGGCCGGCAUGCACGGCUUUGUGGAUGUCAAACAGUGUGACGGCUUCAAGGCCCCGAAGCGAAGGAUGACAGUGGCAGAGAAGCGACACAGCAAGGUGUGGACGUACUACAUAGCUGCUGAGGAAAUCACCUGGGACUACGCACCCAACAUGCAGGAACACAUCGACGGGGACUUCAAGCUCCAGUACCUCAGACAGUCGUCAAAACGCAUCGGUGGGAAGUACAAGAAGGCGGUGUACACGCUGUACAAAAACGAGUCGUUCACUGACAAGCUGGAGUCCAAGCAAAGGAGAAAUGAGCUCGGGAUCUUGGGCCCGGUGAUCAAAGCGCAAAUCAGAGACGUCAUCAAGAUUGUUUUUAAGAACAAGGCCUCCAGGCCCUACAGCAUCUACCCACAUGGACUGACGAUAGAGAAGUCAGAAGAGGGAGUCAACUACCCAGCAGGAGGCAACCAGUCCCACGGCGUCCAGCCGGGGGAGACACACACCUACCUGUGGAGAGUGGUGGACGAGGACGAGCCUUCCGAAGCGGACUCGCAAUGUUUGACGCGACUGUACCACAGCGCGGUAGACACACCGCGCGACAUCGCCUCGGGCCUGAUCGGACAAAUCCUCAUCUGCAAGAGCCAGUCGCUCAACAUCAGGGGCGUGCAGCUGAAAGCAGACAAGGAGCAGCAUGCCAUGAUGGCCGUGUUCGAUGAGAACAAGAGCUGGUACAUGGAUGAAAACGUCCGCAAAUAUUGCGAUCGGUCCCAAGUCAACAAGGCCGACCCGGACUUUUACAAGUCCAACGUCAUGCACACAAUCAACGGUUACGUGUUUGAGAGCGGCGAGCUCCUGGGCUUCUGCAACGGCGAGAUCGCCACGUGGCACGUGUCCAGCAUCGGAGCCCAGGACUACAUCCAGACGGUCACUUUCUACGGCCAUCCGUUCGAGCUGAACGGGCGGACGGAGGAGUUCCUCAGCCUGUACCCAAUGACCGGAGAGACCAUCAGCAUGAGGAUGGACAACAUCGGUGUGUGGCUCAUGGCUUCCCUGAAUUCCCACGAGACAACCAAAGGGGUGCGCGUGAAGUUCAAUGACGUUGAGUGCUAUCGUGACUACCAGUAUGAAACCUCUGAAUAUGCGGACGCAGGACCGCGCAAAGAGUUUACUGUGUGGAACCCUCCGAGUUUGGACGAAAUCAAGAAGGAAGAGAAGAAGCGCAAACCUGCAGAGAAUACACCAACGGAGACGGACAAUUACACGGACAUGUUUGCCACCGAAUUAGGUCUCAGGUCUCGAAAGAACCAAUCCACUGAGCCAGAUGUGGAAGAGCUGGACCUCUCUGCCCUCGACUAUGAUGCUAUCAAUGUGCCUGAUGGAGAUUUGAGUAUCAACCUGAAGAAUGUAAGUCAGAUUUUCGAUCCAAAGCCAAAUACACUAAAUGAGACAUCAUUUUCAAAUUGGCUAAACCUCACUGCAGUUAAUUUGCUGAACCAAAGCAUCAGUGAGAACAGCACACACGUGCAGAACAACACCGCACCAGCAACCUUCGGCAACUCUUCAAGCAUAGUGCUAAAGAAUGACAGCAUAACCACAAACAGCAGUGUGUCUCCAGUGGCAAGUAUUGGUAACGAUACAGUGUCCACCACAGAGAACAUCACGGUUCACAACGCAACGAGUUUAUCAACGGUUGGAAAUGUAUCAACAGAGAUUAGCAAUCUUACAGAAACUUCACGUGGAAAUCUCAGUUCGGUCAUGGAGGCCGAGGGAACGAAUGUGACCCUGACCGCUGAUGACCAGACUCCUGAGGUCUCCGAGGAGAAAUUCACCAGAGGGGACGUGUUCCUUUACUCCGAGCCGCCGUCCGACACCAGCGUCGACCUUCUCCACAACUCACCGGAGGUCAACGCCACAUCUCUGCCACACGGGGCAGAGGAGGAAGAACAUAUAGUCAAGACUAUUCCAGCCAAUUCAGGCGGUGAAAAUGUAACACACAGUCUGCUCUCAACAGGGGGUCCGCAGAAUGUCACAGCGAAUGUGUCCAGAUCGAAUGCAUCAGAGACGAUUCGUUCAGAGAGAAGGGAGAACGUCACAGCGCUUCCUGGUGAGCGGAGUCGCACAUCCUCUGCAGAAGGUUUCGCCAACGAGACGGACCUGUCCCUCUCCAGCCACGGAGAGGAGCUGAGCGCCUCGGACAGCACAGAAGAAGUUCUGAUCUACCUUUCAGAAAACAAGAGAGCGGUGAUUAAGACCACCGCAGUCAAAACCGAGGGGCACAACUGGACCUAUGAGGUUACUCACCAAAUGGAAACCGAGGAGAUGUCUGAAGACAUGAUGAAGUAUUUGGGGCGAGAGACCACUCAAACGGCGCCACCGCCAAAAAAGAAACUCAAGAGGGUGAACCUCCGAGACUUGCCCGACAAGGGCAAAGUCUUGAAAACCAAGAAGAAGAAGGAAUACAAGCCUCAGUCCAGGAGUAGCUUACCGUUCUCUCCUCGUGGAUUCCAUCCAGACCUGACCCCCCGCGGAUCCAGACCUCCUCUUCCGCAACCCGUCUCCGAUGAGGAGGAGGAGCUCAUCAACGCGCCCGUCAUCAUCGGCGUGCCUCGACCCGAUUUCAGCGACUACGAGCUCUACGUUCCCGGGGACGAACCGGAUCAUCUCGACCUGGAUGGGGAAAACGUGAAAGAGAAUGAAUACGAGUUUGUGACCUACAUGGACCCCUACAAAAGUCACGAAGACUUCAAGGCUCUGAACCUGGAUGACACCACAAAAUACUACCUAAAACUCUCAAGCCCAACUGACAGGAUAUAUUUCAUUGCUGCAGAAGAGGUCGAGUGGGACUAUAGUGGCUACGGAAAGACGAGGCAAGACAAGUCGCAACAAAACAGCAGAGAAACCAAAUUCACCAAGGUGGUUUUCCGAGGUUACAUGGACAGCAGCUUCAACACACCUGACACCCGUGGAGAGAUGGACGAGCAUCUCGGGAUCUUGGGACCCGUCAUCAGGGCCGAGGUGGACCAACGCAUCAUGGUUGUGUUCAGGAACAAAGCCAGCCGUCCGUACUCCAUACACCCAAAUGGGGUUUUGUAUAACAAGCAGACCGAGGGCCUGUCCUAUGAGGACGGCUCCGAGUACUGGUACAAAUAUGACAACGACGUCCAACCCAACACCACCUUCACGUACAUAUGGAAGGUUCCUCCCCAGGCUGCCCCAACGCCAGGCGAGUCUCACUGUCGGACUUGGGCCUACUAUUCAGGCGUCAACCCUGAAAAGGACAUCCACUCUGGCCUGAUUGGGCCUCUGCUGGUGUGUCGAGAGGGAACUCUGAGCAGGACAGAACCCCUAAUGAGGGAGUUCACGCUGCUCUUCAUGACCUUCGAUGAGUCGCAGAGCUGGUACUACGAGCAGAACCACGAGUUGAUGCAAAGGAAGAGCAGAAGGAGAGCGAUGGGAUACAACUCCAAGGACACCCUCAAAUUCCACUCUAUCAACGGCGUCAUAUACAACCUGAAGGGCCUGAGGAUGUACACCGACGAGCUGGUGUGCUGGCACCUGAUCAACGUGGGUUCUCCCAAAGACUUUCAGAGCGUCCACUUCCACGGACAGACGUUCAUUCACAAGAAGAUCACCAGCUACCGGCAGGCCGUCUACCCGCUGCUGCCCGGGAGCUUUGCCACUCUGGAGAUGUACCCAUCCAAACCCGGCCUGUGGCAGCUGGAGACAGAAGUGGGUCUGAACCAACAGAAGGGCAUGCAGACCCUCUUUCUUGUCCUGGAUAACGAGUGCUACCGUCCGCUGGGUUUAGAAUCGGGCAGCGUGAAAGACGAGCAGAUCACAGCCAUCAACAGCAGAGGCUACUGGGAGCCGCAUCUGGCCAGAUUGAACAAUAACGGUAAAAUCAACGCAUGGAGCACAGAGCAGAACCGGAGCUGGAUUCAGGUAGACUUCCAGAGGCCCGUUGUGAUCAGCCAGGUGGCCACACAGGGAGCCAGGCAGAUGUUCCAAUCCCAGUUUGUGGAAAAGUUCUCCAUCUCCUACAGCACCGACCACCGGAACUGGAACUUCUACAAGAGCGACAGCAGGGACUUCAAGAAGGUGUUCACUGGGAACCAGGAAGUCUACGAGACCAAAAAAAACACCUUCAAUCCUCCGGUGAUUGGACGGUUCAUCAGGCUACACCCGCUGCAAUGGUGCAGCAAGGCCACAGUCCGCAUGGAGUUCUACGGCUGUGAGCUGGACGGCUGCUCGGUGCCUCUGGGGAUGGAAAGCGGACUGAUAGAAGACCAUUUCAUCACAGCCAGCUCCUCAGCCUCCAGCUGGUACUCUGGACCCUGGAAACCUUCUCUUGCCCGCCUCAAUAAACAGGGCACAAUCAACGCAUGGCAGGCCAAGUACAGUGGCAUGGACCAGUGGCUUCAGGUGGAGCUGCCCCGGAUUAAAAAGAUCACAGGUAUCAUAACGCAAGGAGCAAAGUCUCUGGGGAAAGAGAUGUACGUCAUGUCCUACUCCAUCAUGUACAGCGGCAAUGGGAUACACUGGAUCCAUUACACAGACGACGACAGCGUCCCUUUCAAGACUUUCAAAGGAAACAGCAACAACAACGACCACGUGAGGAACUACAUCCACCCUCCUAUUUUCUCCCGCUUCGUUAGAAUCGUCCCGAGAAGCUGGUGGAACUCCAUCACCAUGAGAAUAGAACUGCUGGGCUGUGAAUUUGAGUGAAAUGAUGGGGGGAGGGGGUGUUAAGUCAACCGUGAGCAUGCACGAGUCCAUUCCGAGGUCCACUCCCACACACCGGGUCGCGUGUGGAGGACGCUGCAUGCACAAAUAUAUCAAAGCUUUUAAAUGCAGUUAAAAACAAGAAUAGAAUUACCUCGAUUGCUUAAAUCGAUACUCGUAAAAUGUGAAAAGUGUUUAGUUAAAGAUAAAAGCUGCACAGUUAAAAUGAACUUUAAAACUCAUAGAGAAGUGAACUACGUGUGUGUAAUCCAAACCUUUUGGUCAGCAGAUUUAUGUUUUAGAAAUAUUACAUUUUGUCCAUCACCAAAUUACUACCAAUGAAUGUAAAUAUGUAAGUAGAGAGCCUGUAAUUUAUUUUUUAAUAAAUAUGUUAACAUCA